AUGGCGACUGCUUCGCCCACCCCCAUGGGAAACGGCCUUGUCCGGAGGACCUCCCAACGACAAGCCCUUCGACGACUUCCCUCGAGGCCGGCUGUGAACCACAACGACAGCUUCCAAAGCAAUGCUGGAGCUGUGCCCAACGGCCAUCACCAACCACAGGAGCGACAAUUCCACGACGACAGCUCCGAGGAUGAGAUCCCAGUGCCCAUGAAGCUCAGCGCUCUCACCAAGGCUCUCCUCAAUGGCGGUGCCCCUGAACGAGCCGAGCGUCCGCCCUCGCCUCCCCGAACCCGACGACGCACAAGUGCAUUGAACGCGUCAACCUCUUCGGCAUCAGAAAGCCGAAGACAUCGCAGAUCCGGAAGCGUGCAAGUGCAGGAUGGGAAAUCCUCAAAACCAACCAGCCCUGCUGCGAGCCGGGAGCCCAGCCCUGUUAGGAGGAGGGUGGUCCGGCUCAGCAACACGCCCCAGAGCCUGAACCAAAUGAAGCCUGUCAAGCGGCGAUCAAACUCAAUGUCUCGGUCGACUCAGCGACCACGACCUGAAAGCCGUCCCGGUAGUCGGGAUAAGUCUUCAGAUGAGAGGCCAGGCUCACAACUUGAUGUCAACACCCCUUCCCAAGGCGGACGCGUCGUCCGGAUUGCUGCCGGGUCCUCCGGCAACCGAAGCCGCCUUGGUUCGACUGGCCCGUCGUCAGGCCGGUCUAAUGCGUCUAAUAUGGAACGAUCCAUGAUUGACAAGUCCAGUAUUGACAUGGAAAACGACCAGCCCGAAGAGCUCGUAGAGCCUUCAACCGUCGCCCGCAACCCGCCUCCUUUCAGCCACGGUAGCGUUUCACGAUACCCAUCAACUGGCAACAGGACUCGGCCAGAAGACAACGCCAACCUGCAAAGCUCGAUGCGACCCAAGCGGGUCGGAAAGGUGGCAGGAAGCUUCCUCAGCGGACCCGCCCGGCGAGGUCGACGGAGACAAAGUGAAGAGGAGGAUGAAGAUAAUGCUGAUGGCGAACCCUUGGCAUCAAGCCAAGAGCCAGAAAGUCAACCUGGCGAGGAUCCCGCCGCCUAUUACGGUGAUGGGAUCCGGAACUUCAACUCUGGAAGCCCGGUCAGCGGAAAUGCCGCUGCUAGAGCUGUUCACCGAAGACACGCUUCAAAUCUUAACCUGCGCAUGGGGUCAGCGAGGCCUUCUCCUCGUGAGAACUCUCCCCGUGAGUAUUCCUCCCGAGAACCGACUCCAGAAAUAGCCCUGUUGCCAGAGGCCGCACCGGCACCGGCACCAGCCUCGAUGCUAGAACUAGAGCCGGAACAGAAGGAACCUGAGGAAAUCCACUAUAAACUUCCCAUGUCACGUCCCGAGAUGCCAUCUCGACGCGACCAGGAGAACGAGGUCCCGGCUAGUUACAAGCGGACCAAGGCAUCGGUCGAUCAGAUCCUUGAGAAGGUGCCCAUGCGUCCCAUGAGCGCAGAACUUGGUGCUGCGAGGCCGGUCUCGCCAGAGAGGAAACCCCUCGCCUCCAUGGCCCGAAAUACGCCCCGUCGACAGGAGCCUCCACCACCACCAAAGAUGUCUGUCUUGGAAGCGGCAACAGCUACUGCAGGUGCUGCCGCGACCGGCCACGCCAAGCAGAGACGAAACAUUCUGAGGGUGAACGGCAAGGCCUACACCCGAUUGGACUGCCUUGGCCGGGGUGGCAGCGCAAAGGUCUACCGAGUCACUGCUGAGAACGGCGAGAUGUUUGCCCUCAAGCGAGUUGCGCUGGAGAACGUGGACCAGGGCACUCUCCGGGGAUACCAGGGAGAAAUAGACCUUUUGCAGAAGCUCAGCAAGGUCGAGCGUGUCAUCGGACUGAGGGAUCAUGAGUUGAACUCAGAGAAGAAGGUGCUUACUUUGCUUAUGGAGAUGGGUGAGCUGGAUAUGAACAAGCUACUGGGCGGACGGCACGCCUCAGAAUUCGCAAAGUUCGACCCAGUGUUUGUGCGAUUUUACUGGAAGGAGAUGCUCGAAUGUUUGCAGGCAGUGCACGAAUACGACAUUGUCCACUCCGACCUGAAGCCGGCCAACUUCGUCUUGGUCAAAGGUCAGCUGAAGCUCAUCGACUUCGGCAUUGCCAACGCCAUCCAGACCGACGAGACUAUCAAUGUCCACCGCGAAGCCCAGGUCGGCACCCCCAACUUUAUGUCGCCCGAGUCCUUGAUGGACUUCAACAACCCCAGAGGCGGACGGAUGCCUGGUCACCAGAAGCUUAUGAAGCUCGGCAAGCCCAGUGAUGUCUGGUCACUCGGCUGUAUUCUCUACCAGAUGGUCUAUGGUAUCACUCCAUUUGGCCACAUUUCCAACCAGUUGUCCAAGUGUCAGGCCAUCAUCAACUGGAACCACGACAUCGAGUUCCCAUCCCGUGGCAUGGGUGGCUCAUCCGUCCCGCCCUCACUUAUCCGCACAAUGAGGCGAUGUCUCAACCGGGACAUUCACAUGCGCCCUACCUGUGAGGAGUUGCUUCACGAGACGGAUCCCUUCCUCUACCCCGCGGAGCUCACCGAUAAGGCCCUCCCUAUGGACGAGGAGCUACUCGGCCGAAUCAUCCAGAGCGUCGUCUCAAGAUGUCGCGAGCGGAUGCCCACCGAGGCAGAGAGCGUGAGCGUUUGGCCGCAAGCGUACUGGACCAGCGUUAAGAAAGCUAUGGCUGGUAGAAAUUGA